AAAAUGAGUGUAGUAACUAACUUGUCAUCUCAUCAUCACCAACACACAGUUUUCGCCCUUCAAACACCAAAUUUCACAUCUCACUCUCUAUCAAUCCCAAAAAUUAAAACCUCUGCAGAGCCGCCUAACAGGAAUAUAUUCUUAGAGCCAGGUCCCCUUCUCUGAAUAUAUUGAAGUAAAUGGCACAAGCGAAAAUUACAGAAAAUACGUCGAAACUUGCAAGCUAUGAUGCUUAUUUUGAAAUGGUCCAGAGAAGAAAGAAAUUACCCCGUAAUUUACAGGAAACUUUGACUGAUGCAUUUGCAAAUAUUCCAGUUUCAUCCUUCCCUCAAGUCCCUGGAGGCAAAGUGAUUGAAAUAGACGCCGAGACUUCUAUAGGCGAUGCUGUUAAAAUUCUUUCAGAAUCCAACAUCCUCUCAGUUCCUGUGAAGAAUCGAGCUGCUCAGAAUAGUUUGGAUUGGAGAGAAAGGUACUUAGGCGUCCUUGAUUACUCCGCUAUUGUUCUUUGGGUGCUGGAGGGUGCGGAAACAGCAGCAGCUGCCAUAUCAGCAAGUUCAGCAGCAGCAGCCGGGGUUGGAGCAGGUACUGUUGGUGCUCUUGGAGCACUGGCAUUAGGUGCAACAGGUCCUGCUGCAGUUGCUGGUCUAACGGUUGCUGCAGUCGGUGCAGCUGUGGCAGGUGGAGUGGCUGCAGAUCGAGGAGCAGGAAAGGAUGCUCCAACUGCAGCUGAUACGUUGGGUGAGGAUUUCUACAAAGUUAUCCUUCAAGAAGAACCCUUUAAGUCAACAAAGGUGAGCUCCAUCAUAAAAUCCUAUCGGUGGGCACCAUUUGUUCCAGUAGCAAUGGACAGUUCUAUGUUGAGUGUGUUGCUGCUGUUGUCAAAAUAUAGGCUGCGGAACGUACCAGUGAUAGAAAGGGGAAGUCCAUACCUUAAGAACUUUAUAACUCAAUCAGCCGUGGUACGGGGUCUUGUAGGAUGCAAAGGGAGGGAUUGGUUUGACUGCAUCUCCGCUCACCCUAUAUCAGAACUUGGCCUCCCAUACAUGUCCGCUGACGAGGUUAUUAGUGUCCGAGACGAUGAGCUGAUUCUGGAAGCAUUCAAGAAAAUGAGAGAUAAUAAUAUCGGAGGUCUGCCAGUUGUUGAAGGACCAAAGAAGAAAAUAGUUGGCAAUGUAAGCAUAAGAGACAUCAGAUUCUUGUUACUCAAACCUGAACUAUUCUCCAAUUUCAGGCAGCUGACAGUUGCGGGCUUCAUGAACACCGUUGCUUCGGCAACCCAUGAUGCCACAAAGGCUGCUACACCAAUAACAUGCAAGCUCGGUUCAACUCUUUGUACUGUGAUAGACACUCUCGCGUCCAAGUUAGUUCACAGGAUCUACGUGACAGCUGAGGAUGGUGAUGAAGUAGUUGGUGUGAUUACGCUCAGAGAUGUCAUUUCUUGCUUCAUCUAUGAACCACCAAACUUUUUUGAUAACUAUUUUGGAUUUUCUGCACAAGAAAUGCUUGGGAACUGAUAUGUUACUGUUGGCUAAUAAAGCAGGAUACAGGCGAGUUGCAGAUGCAGUAAAAAGAAUCAGCACCAGGUUUUAACAUAAGAUCUAUGAAAUAGUCUCUUUUACCAGUUUAACAUGUACACGAUGAUCCUUUUAUGUCAAUCAUGCAGCACUAUCGCUUGCUAGUUUCUUGAGUUCCCUUUUUUUCUGUUUCCCCGGUUCGUUCAAGGCUGUUGUAAAGAGAAUUUAGGAUUUACCAUUUCAUACCUAGUUUGAUCUACAAGGGUAUCAGCAUACCUCGCCCUCGAGUUUGUACUUUGCUCUUACUUUAAUAAAAUUCAACCACCUCUAGGUCCUGUA